AUGAAGGAAGAGCUAAAGUCCAAGAAGAACUAUUGUUGGCAGUAUUGAACAGAUAUUCAACUUUGCAAAUAGUUGAAAGUGAUGAUGAUAGCGGAGCGAAUGGCCAUGCAAACAUCCGCCGUGACCGAUUGUAGACUGCCUUGCGUCCUCGGACAGUAGCAGGUAUGACAAAAAUUGCGAGACAUGGCGACAAGAUAAACAACAAGAUCAAAAGAUCGGUAAUGCGUCACAAGACGAAAGACAAGAAACAAGAUUCAAUAACAACAGAGAAUUACGCCAACAACAACAUCAAAAUAGGGAAUCGGUUAAUGACGGGCUUACUAGGUCCAGCCAUACUGUCAAAACCACGGUAUUAAUUGGCGACUCGAUGAUAAAACAAAUUGAUUGUAAAAGAUUACAACGGGCAGUUAACGGGCGGCACUCUCGUGGAUCGAGAAUUAGGAACGAAACUUAUCGGGGAGCCAAAGUUGAUGCAAUGAAACACUAUGUAAAGCCGUGCUUGACAACAAAACCGGACAGAAUAAUAUUACAUGUUGGGACGAAUGACAUUGGUACCAAGGACGAGAAAGAAAUUACCAAAAGGAUUGGCGAUAUAUGCGAAAUAAUACACCAGGAAAGUCCGAACACGAAAAUUGCCUUAUCAAUGUUGGUAACCAGAGCAGAUAAACCUGAUUAUAAAGCAAAAGUACAAAAG